GGUGGCGCUCGCGGCGUGAGGUGCCGGGUGGCCGUUAGUCGAGGCCGCGGAUCGCCUUCCCUUGGCCGUGUCGUCCUUUAACGUCGCUCGCCCGCCUUCGCAGUCAGGAUGUCUGCCCGCGGCCCGGCCAUCGGCAUCGACCUGGGCACCACCUACUCGUGCGUGGGCGUGUUCCAGCACGGCAAGGUGGAGAUCAUCGCCAACGACCAGGGCAACCGCACCACGCCCAGCUACGUGGCCUUCACGGACACGGAGCGCCUCAUCGGCGACGCGGCCAAGAACCAGGUGGCCAUGAACCCCGCCAACACCAUCUUCGACGCCAAGCGGCUGAUCGGCCGCAAGUUCGAGGACGCCACGGUGCAGUCGGACAUGAAGCACUGGCCGUUCCGCGUGGUGAGCGAGGGCGGCAAGCCCAAGGUGCAGGUGGAGUACAAGGGCGAGGUGAAGACCUUCUUCCCGGAGGAGAUCUCGUCCAUGGUGCUGACGAAGAUGAAGGAGAUCGCCGAGGCCUACCUGGGCGGCAAGGUGCAGAGCGCCGUCAUCACGGUGCCGGCCUACUUCAACGACUCGCAGCGCCAGGCCACCAAGGACGCGGGCACCAUCACGGGCCUCAACGUGCUGCGCAUCAUCAACGAGCCCACGGCGGCCGCCAUCGCCUACGGGCUGGACAAGAAGGGCUGUGCGGGCGGCGAGAAGAACGUGCUCAUCUUCGACCUGGGCGGCGGCACCUUCGACGUGUCCAUCCUGACCAUCGAGGACGGCAUCUUCGAGGUGAAGUCGACGGCCGGCGACACGCACCUGGGCGGCGAGGACUUCGACAACCGCAUGGUGAGCCACCUGGCCGAGGAGUUCAAGCGCAAGCACAAGAAGGACAUCGGGCCCAACAAGCGCGCCGUGCGGCGGCUGCGCACGGCCUGCGAGCGCGCCAAGCGCACGCUGAGCUCGUCCACGCAGGCCAGCAUCGAGAUCGACUCGCUCUACGAGGGCGUGGACUUCUACACGUCCAUCACGCGCGCCCGCUUUGAGGAGCUCAACGCCGACCUGUUCCGCGGCACGCUGGAGCCGGUGGAGAAGGCGCUGCGCGACGCCAAGCUGGACAAGGGCCAGAUCCAGGAGAUCGUGCUGGUGGGCGGCUCCACGCGCAUCCCCAAGAUCCAGAAGCUGCUGCAGGACUUCUUCAACGGCAAGGAGCUGAACAAGAGCAUCAACCCCGACGAGGCCGUGGCCUACGGCGCCGCGGUGCAGGCGGCCAUCCUCAUCGGAGACAAGUCCGAAAACGUGCAAGACCUGCUGCUGCUCGACGUGACGCCGCUGUCGCUGGGCAUCGAGACGGCGGGCGGGGUCAUGACCCCGCUCAUCAAGAGGAACACCACGAUCCCCACCAAGCAGACGCAGACCUUCACCACCUACUCGGACAACCAGAGCAGCGUGCUGGUGCAGGUGUACGAGGGCGAGCGCGCCAUGACCAAGGACAAUAACCUGCUGGGCAAGUUCGACCUGACCGGGAUCCCCCCGGCGCCGCGCGGGGUGCCCCAGAUCGAGGUCACCUUCGAUAUCGACGCCAACGGCAUCCUCAACGUGACCGCCGCCGACAAGAGCACCGGCAAGGAGAACAAGAUCACCAUCACCAACGACAAGGGCCGCCUGAGCAAGGACGACAUCGACCGCAUGGUGCAGGAGGCGGAGCGCUACAAGUCGGAGGACGAGGCGAAUCGCGAGCGGGUGGCGGCCAAGAACGCCGUGGAGUCCUACACCUACAACAUCAAGCAGACGGUGGAGGACGAGAAGCUGCGAGGCAAGAUCAGCGAGCAGGACAAAAACAAGAUCCUCGACAAGUGUCAGGAGGUGAUCAGCUGGCUCGACCGGAACCAGAUGGCCGAGAAAGACGAGUACGAGCACAAGCAGAAAGAGCUGGAAAGAGUGUGCAACCCCAUCAUCAGCAGACUUUACCAAGGCGGGCCUGGCGGCGGCGGCGGCGGCGGCUCCGGGGGACCGACCAUCGAGGAAGUGGACUAAGCUCAAGUCGCUCAGCGUAAACCUCUUUUCCUUUCUUUUUCUCCCUUUUGUUUUUGUUUCUCUGAAGCGCCCUGGUGCCAAGUAGGAGACCUAGUGUUGCAAGUCUUUAGGGCCCGGGAUUCUGCAUAUGAAAGGAAAGGUACAAUAACUUAGUUUACUUAUAAAAGGUUAGUUCUCAAGUUUGAUUUUGGAAAAGAAAAAAAAAAAAAAAAACCCACAAACCUUAUUGGAGGUUUCUCUUCGCUGCAUUUUGUGUGUUUGCUGACUUGAUUAUUUUUUGGUUAGCUUAGUUUGUGCAUGGG